GUUAUACGUAACUUGACCUUCACUCACUCACUCUCUCGCCACCACCUCCACCGCCAUCACCACCACCACCACCGCGGUCAUAACUUCAUCUCAACUCCGAAAUAACUCCAAAGCUCAACCCCUCGCACCACCAUAUUGGGAGGAGUUGUGAGGGGAAGACACGGACGGAGAUAAGACGAAGAAAGGAGUUGGGGAAUGAGAAGAUGAAGAAGGAAAUGAAAAUGCUGGCUAACUCAAGAUCCUCCUCCUCCUCCUCCUCCUCCUCCUCAUCCUUCUCCCCGAUAUCAUCUCUUCCUCGUCUCCUCCUCCUCCUCUUCAUCAUCAUCAUUAGCAUCAGCAGCAGCAUCGUCCCUGCAGAAGGCAGGAGCGCCGGGCACGCCCACCCUCGCCUCCGCCGCUCAAUCGGCCAGUUCGGGGACAUGAUACGCCGAGCCACCCGACGCGAGGCGCUGCUCUACAACAACUACGGCAACCACUGCGGCUUCCAGGGCGGCGAGCAGCCCGCGGUGGACGAGGUGGACAGGUGCUGCCGCAACCACGACCGCUGCUACAACGCCGCCUCCGCCGGGCCGUGCGCGUCCUCCUGGCUGGGCCCGUCCUUCAUCAGGUACUCCUGGGCUUGGAACGGGACGCACCUGCUCUGUGGCGCGGAGAACGAGGGGUGCAGGAAGGCGGCGUGUGAGUGUGACGCCACGGCCGCCACCUGCUUCUCGCGGCACCCCUGGAACGCCGAGCACAAGAAGACUUCCAUCUGGGACAUCCUGGCGUGAGGCGGAUGGGCCAGGCGACGACACCCACAGGAGGCGACACGAAGGAUAACUGAAGGUGCUGAUGACGUGCUGUGGUGAUGUAAGGAAUCGCUAAAGUGGGUACAAGUUGUUGAAGUGCCUCGCUAAAGUGGGUACAAGUUUAAGUGCUGGAGUGAUGCAAUAACUCGUUAAAAUGGGUGUAAGUUGAUGAAGUGCCGGACUGAUGGAAGGAAUCGGUAAAAUGGGUACAAGUUUAAGAGCUGGACUGAUGCAAGGACUCGCUAAGAUGGGUACCAGCUGAUGAAGUGCUAAAGUGGAUACAAGUUGAUGAGGUGCAAAAGUGGAUACAAGUUGAUGAGGUACUAAAGUGGAUACAAGUUGAUGAGGUGCAAAAGUGGAUACAAGUUGAUGAGGUGCAAAAGUGGAUACAAGUUGAUGAGGUGCAAAAGUGGAUACAAGUUGAUGAGGUACAAAAGUGGAUACAAGUUGAUGAGGUACAAAAGUGGAUACAAGUUGAUGAGGUACUAAAGUGGAUACAAGUUGAUGAGGUACUAAAGUGGAUACAAGUUGAUGAGGUACUAAAGUGGAUACAAGUUGAUGAGGUACUAAAGUGGAUACAAGUUGAUGAGGUACUAAAGUGGAUACAAGUUGAUGAGGUACUAAAGUGGAUACAAGUUGGUGAGGUACUAAAGUGGAUACAAGUUGAUGAGGUGCAAAAGUGGAUACAAGUUGAUGAGGUACAAAAGUGGAUACAAGUUGAUGAGGUACAAAAGUGGAUACAAGUUGAUGAGGUACUAAAGUGGAUACAAGUUGGUGAGGUACUAAAGUGGAUACAAGUUGAUGAGGUACUAAAGUGGAUACAAGUUGAUGAGGUACUAAAGUGGAUACAAGUUGAUGAGGUACUAAAGUGGAUACAAGUUGAUGAGGUACUAAAGUGGAUACAAGUUGAUGAGGUGCAAAAGUGGAUACAAGUUGAUGAGGUGCAAAAGUGGAUACAAGUUGAUGAGGUGCAAAAGUGGAUACAAGUUGAUGAGGUACUAAAGUGGAUACAAGUUGAUGAGGUACUAAAGUGGAUACAAGUUGAUGAGGUACUAAAGUGGAUACAAGUUGAUGAGGUGCAAAAGUGGAUACAAGUUGAUGAGGUACUAAAGUGGAUACAAGUUGAUGAGGUGCAAAAGUGGAUACAAGUUGAUGAGGUACUAAAGUGGAUACAAGUUGAUGAGGUGCAAAAGUGGAUACAAGUUGAUGAGGUACUUAAGUGGAUACAAGUUGACAUGCCUUCUUCUUUUAGUGUCCCCCGCAGUUUCGCUUCUCAGGUUAUCCUUUGUCACUGUUUCCAUGGUCGUUGCUCUUCUGGACUUGCCAACUGUACUCUAGUCCACCGCAGUUGACCCCGAAUACCUGUCUCCACCCCUCCCACAGCCUCGCUACACAAGACUUCCCACUCGAGCUCAUCCCUAUUAUUAUUAUUAUUAUUGUUUUAAAUGAGACGAAACAGGAUUACAUGGUCCAAAACACUUACUAAUACCAACACAACAUUCUUCCUCUUCACUUCCCUUUCCUUCCAUACCACAUUCAAUAUCAUUCACUAAUACUAACACAACAUUCUUCCUCUUCACUUCCCUCUCCUUCCAUACCACAUUCAAUAUCAUUCACUAAUACUAACACAACAUUCUUCCUCUUCACUUCCCUCUCCUUCCACAGUACAUUCAAUAUCAUUCACUAAUACUAACACAACAUUCUUCCUCUUCACUUCCCUCUCCUUUAAUAGCACAUUCAAUAUCAUUCACUAAUACUAACACAACAUUCUUCCUCUUCACUUCCCUCUCCUUCCAUAACACAUUCAAUAUCAUUCACUAAUACUAACACAACAUUCUUCCUCUUCACUUCCCUCUCCUUUAAUAGCACAUUCAAUAUCAUUCACUAAUACCAACACAACAUUCUUCCUCUUCAC